GCAACCACGUCCAUAUACAUGUAACUGCCUGCAGUUAAGCAGCAGCUGCUCUCGGCUGCAGUUGUUGUGCUCUGAUUCUGCCCCUGCCCUGCUCUCUUCACUUCUCUUCUCACGCCAGCCCACAGGAUGGACAUGAAGGGGGCGUCCGCGUCCAAGGCGGCGGUCGACGCGCGCACGCUGGUGGUGCACGUCCUGGCCGUCGCCGCCACCGUGCUCGUGCUGCUCUGGUGCGUCCACUUCCGCGGCGGCCUCGCCCUCCGCUCCCACGACAAGCCCCUCAUCUUCAACGUGCACCCCGUGCUCAUGGUCGUCGGCCUCAUCGUCCUCGCCGGAGAAGCGAUCCUGAGCUACCGUUCUCUUCCGGUGAGCCGCGACGCCCGGAAGAAGGCGCACCUGGCGCUGCACGCCGCGGGCCUUGCCGCGGGGCUCCUCGGCGUCUACGCCGUCUUCAAGUUCCACGUGGAGAGCGGCAUCCCCAACCUCUACUCACUCCACUCCUGGCUCGGCAUCGCCACCAUCUCCCUCUACGCGCUCCAGUGGCUCGCCGGAUUCCUCGCCUUCUUCUUCCCCGGCGCCUCCCCGGCCACCAGGCGCGCCAUGCUGCCCUGGCACGCCGUCCUCGGCCUGCUCGUCUUCGUGCUCGCCGUCGGCACCGCGCAGCUGGGCUUCCUCGAGAAGCUCACCUUCUUGCAGGGCCCACCCCUGCGGCUGCCCAAGUACGGCGCCGAGGCACUCCUAGUCAACUUCACAGCCGUCGUCGUGCUCCUCCUCGGCAUCGCCGUCGUGCUCGCAGCCGUCACCAUCGACGGCACCAGGUACAACACAAUUAUGUGAGUCAUUCACAUGUCGUUGGCGAUCGAGCUGCCUGGCUAAUUCACGAUUCAGUUGAAGCUGCUCUUUAUGUAUGCGGUUGCUUGUACGUGUAACAUGAAUUAAUGUUACUGCAAAUCAGUUUUAAGUGUCCUCUAUAUAGUGGAGUAUCUCUGUAAAUUUGCAAAGGUUGGAGGAUUGCAAUGGUUACAUCAUACCACUGCCACCAGGGUUCAGUCACCAUAUAUUAUAGGAAAAUUAAUUUUUGCAAUC